AAAACAAGGAAGUAAAAGCUGUCGGGUCGGAGCAGCAGAGCCCCUCUCGGUGCUGUGAAAUGAAAGUGUAUCAGUCGACAGCUCUGCUGAUAUAAUUCAAAGCACAGCGGCUGUGCUAAGGAAGUUAGCCGUCUGGCUAAUUCCCCACAGUGACUGCACAUUAUCUCAAAACAAGCACUAGCAGACUGCAAAUAAAAAAUAAUAACAGGAGUGAGGAGGAAGACACAGACGAGUGAGUCCAGCCGCUGCACAGUGGACCGAGAAGGCAGGUAUAGACAGAGAGGAACAAGGCAUGAAAAGGUCAGAGCCCUGAUGACGUACAGAGAAAUGUGAGGGAAGAAUUAUUGUCAGCCACCAUGGACCACAAAGGGGAACCCCAGGAAGGAGCCAUGGGGCUGAAAUACGAAGACCUGCCGCAGAUGGACGGCUCAUGUGAUGCGUGCGAGCCUGACGAGCCCCAACCAGCCACUCACGUGUGCCACAUCUGCAGCUUCGCCUUCUGCACGGCCCAUGCUGACAGACAUGCCAGCAGCACACAUCACCCCCUAAAGCCUUAUAACCACGACGAGACACAUGCUAAUGGACUUGACACCAACAGAGACUCUAGGGUUAGAGGUGGAGUUGAGGAUGAGGCUGGUGCAGCUGAAAUGGGUGCAGUGGAAGUGCUUGGGGUGGCAAUGGCUAACGCCAACGUGAGUGGUGACGCUGGUGAGAAAGAAGAAGCGCAGGAUGAUGAUGACGAUGGAGCUGAGGGUGCAGAAGCAGGGCAGGAGGCCGCGGCGGCCGGAGAAGCUGGGAAGAAAGACACUGUGACAGUGGAGAGACUGCGCUGCAAGGAGCAUGGCCAGGAAGGCUCCCUCUACUGUAAACCAGACGAGAAGAUCAUCUGCGUGGUGUGCGCCGUGCAGGGUGAGCACCGCGAGCAUGAGAUCAUCACCCUGCACGAGGCCUAUGUGUGGCAGAAGAGUAGGCACGGUCAUGACCUGCUGGCUUGUACACAACAGAUGGCUGAGAAGAUCAAGACCAAGUGGACCAACCCUGAGAUGUCCACAGAGGAGCUGGAGGCCUAUGUGAACACUCAGUUUGACGAGCUCCGUGCAUUGGUGCGUCUGGAGGAGAAGAGGACCCUUCACCUCGUAGACCUCAAAGAAGCAUUCCUGACCGCAUCGGCCGCCGAGAAAAUCGCAGAGAUCAGUGUCCAAACUGAGCGCCUGCAGGAAGAAAUGGCCAACAUCACAAACCAGCUGAGCCUGCUGGAACAGGCGGAGGCAGGAGGUCCUGCAGUGGUAGCACAGGCCCUGGUAGCAGUGCCUGCACCAGCCCGCAGAGUGCAGCACGACAUUGAGGCCAGGCCAAGGCUACCAGAGCCGAGGGCAAACCCCAUGGACCCACGGGACUUUGAAGAUAAUGAUUCCGGACCAUCAAUGGACCACGCUCCGUGAUCCAUCCAACAGAUCAGACUCUUCUGACAUCCACCUGUCCUUCAACGUCUGCUUCAGCCAGCUGUCAGCCCUGUUGAGCUGUCAGGCUGGCCCUCUCUCUGUCAGCCAUCUCCCUUUUACCCCGCUCCCCUCCCCUCUCAGUGCCUGCUGGCAGUGAACUGACCUUGAAGAAGGCUGCUGUGACAAAUAUGGAUGGCCACGUCUUUUCUGCUCUCAAACUUUUCGAAUUCCUCACCGGCUACUAACUUUCUUUAAUUGGAGCAAGCAAGUUAUGUGCAAUCAAUUACCAUCAGGCUCAGUUUCCACAGCCAGUCAGAUCCUUGGCUUUACCGGUGAGCCUGGCUGACUCCGAGAGGAGCAGCCGAGUGCAGCAUCUGUUAAGCCCCACAGAUGUCAGGAAUGGGAAAUUCUGCGACAUGGCACACUUCACACUUCAUUUAUUUGCGCUAUCAUCGUGGUACUGUCGUUUUGACAAACAUUCUGGAUACUCUCGAACAUAGAAAGGGAACAUUUGUCAGAUGCCACAAUGCCUUAAAUCAGUCAAGACAGUAUAAUAUAUAAUAUUGCUAACAUGUUCUGAAGGUUUAUAUUUUGGAAAAAAAAUGCAAACUUAAAAAAGUUUUUCUAGCUUUUGUUCUAUUAUAUUGUCUCUUUUACUUCCCAUCAUCAUGUUGCCUUCACCCCUCCUUUCCCUUCUGCUGCCCUUUCCAUUGAGUCUUUAUGCUUGUAGAUUUGUGUGCACUUCCUUGUUUGCUUGUCAGAUCUAUUAUCAGAAGCGGGGGGCAUUUUGACACCUAUUGAUUGGUGAAUGCUGCUGAGUCUUUGUUAGGUGAAAAUCGAACUGUAAUUUGACUGUGCAAAAUAGCACUCCCGCAGUAUCAGCUUUCUAUGUACCGUAAUGUAAAGGCUCAUUACUCCUAGCCAAUCUGCAGCAUAUGACGGAUAACCGUCCAGACAAAUGAAUGCACUUUCUACCUUGACCCGCUCAGCUAUAACUUUCAUUCAUGAUGUACCGCUGCAAGUCUGUCUGUAUCAGCAGUUUUUUUUAUUAUUUUUUUUUGUAUAUGAUUGAUUCUGUUGUCUUAAAUUCAAAAUUGAAAGCAGUGUCACCCAUAAUAUGUUUGACAAGAGCAUGACUUAACUACUGUCGCGCUGCACUAAGAUGCUCGAGAGCUUUAUAUCCAAGGGAAAUGUUGGUGUGCCAACAGCCUACUGAAGUAACUCCAAUCGCUCAUUCUUUAUUCAAGCAUAACGACAAUAGACAGGAGUCUGCCUAUCUGAUGUUUUUCCUCUUGUUUUUAUUUGUCUAUUUUUGUCUUAAAUCUAUAAAUAAACAAUCAGUUUUUUUAGAUUAGA